GAUCUUUCUUUCACCUUCAUGAUCCUGUGUUUUUCGUUAAGUUCCUCGCAGCUCGUGCGACUCUUUUUAACCAUAUUUUCAACAUUUCUCUUCCCUUUGUGAUAAACAAUAAUUACGGACGAAGGAUAUAUACUCGUAUACACAUACACGAUGUGAUUUUUGUGUGGAUGUGCUCAUGCUAUUUACACGUAGUAGUGUAAACGCUUGCAAGAUAGAUUAUUGGGCUAAACAUCUCGCGAUAUGGGUAAUGUUUUGAUACAUUAGCGUGCACUCAUUUCUAAAUGAUUUACAAAUAACAUAAUCCAUAUGUGCUUUCAAUGGAUUUAUACGACGUUUCAUGUUCCUUUAUUAAACUUGAAGAAUUAAAAGAGAAAGUAAAUGAAGAGGAAGAAAAGAACUUUUUUUCGUUCAUUAAAUUACCCUAUUUCGUCUUACGUCCAAUUUAUUGUGCAAUGCCAACUUCUAUGACCGAGGUUCUUCGAUUGACGCCAUUAUUUUAAAAACGAAAACUUUCGAACGAUAGUCAUAUGAAAUCAUAGUACAAUACCGCACGGAUCGAAAGAUCGAAAAGAUAAAAAUAUUAAUUUUAAUACUAAAGUAGAUGAAUAUAUGUCGAAUAAUACAUGCACAUCUCUAACAAUUAAGUGACACAUUUCACAAUAUCAUUGACUGUGCUUCGUCAUUGAUAAAGCAAAAACUCGAAAAUAAAUAUUGAGAUGGAAAUAAUUAUUUUGUUAUGCAAAAAAAAUUAAUAAUUUUAGAAAGAUGACAUUGAUAUAAUCCAGUCUGUGCUUGAUACGUAUUAAAAGAUUUAUUACGUGAGGUUACUUUAGGUUAGAUUUUUUAUAACUAUGUACGUGUACAUGUAUUUAAAACGUGCACUUUUUUGUUGGUAAGAAAGAAAAAUGAAAAUGUCGAUAAUAAAAGAAUGAAAGACUUUAUAAUCAAUUAUAUGUUUCCUAAUGUAAGCCAGAAGUGCAUACGUGCUAUUCUUGUUACACACGUAUAUAUAUAUAUAUAUGUGUGUGUGUGUGUGUGUGUGCGUGUAUUUUGCCAUUUGAUUGUAGAAAAGAAAUAAACAAAUUAUGCUAAUGUAAAUUAUAAUAAUUUGGAUAAAGUAUACAAUCAUUAUACUCGUUAUACCUUAUUAGAAACAUUUUUGCUGAAAAGUGUUAUAUCAUUAAUGACGUAAUCCUUUCCCUCUGAAAAUGUGAAAAAAUGAUUAAGCGAUUAAUGUUAUUGUCGCUCAUGGCAAACAAUUAUUUAACCUUUUUUGUUAUCACGUAAUAGUUUGCCUCGAUUACAAUUAUAAUCUGAUCGUAAUUUGAUGUUAAUCCGCUUAGACGUGUCGAUCAUCUUUGCAUGAUUAAGAGUUGAAGAAGUGUCGACAAUUUUAGUGUCUUACAAAAACUAUUCAGAUUCAAAAACAUACCAUGUCUUGGAUAAGAGAAAGUACGUUAAAUUGUCUUCAGUACUUAGCUGUAAAGAUUUUAAAAAGUGGUCAAAUUCCUAAACAUGUAGCAUUUAUUAUGGAUGGAAAUAGAAGAUAUGCUAAUAAAAAUCAUCUUGAAAAGAUAAGUGGACACACGCAAGGGUUUCACAAAUUAGCAGAAACUCUACAGUGGUGUUUAGACCUUGGUAUUCCAGAAGUAACAGUUUAUGCAUUUAGUAUAGAAAAUUUUAAAAGGUCCAAGGAAGAGGUCAGUGGACUUAUGGAACUUGCUAGACAAAAAUUUCAAAGUUUGUUAGAUGAGAAAGAAAAGUUGAUGGAACACGGUAUAUGCGUGCGUAUUAUAGGAAAUUUAGAAUUACUUCCGGAGGAUCUACGUAAAUUAGUGGCAGAAGCUAUAGUCAUUACCAAAAAUAAUAAUAAAGCAUUCCUUAAUAUUGCCUUUGCUUAUACAUCAAGAGACGAAAUGACACAUGCAAUUAAAGAUAUAUUAAGAGGUAUUAAUGACGCGGAUCUUCUACCAGAAGAUAUAAACGAAGAUCUUAUUUCCAAGUGUUUGUACACUUAUAAUUCCCCAAAUCCUGAUUUACUUAUUCGUACUUCUGGAGAAAUUCGUCUUAGUGAUUUUCUUAUAUGGCAGGUUAGUAACAGUUGCAUCUAUUUCGUUGAUGUAUUAUGGCCUGAAUUCAGUGCUUGGGAUUUACUUGGUGCAAUCUUUUAUUAUCAAAGAUGUUAUACAAAUUUACAAACUAUUGCAAAAGCACAAAAUAUAACUAAUUAUAAUAGCAGAGUUACUAAUUAUCUUAAUAAAUUAUAUCACGAACGGCAGACUAUGCUGCAAAAUAUAUGUGCUUCAGAAAUUCUAGCAUACAAUGGAAAUAAAUGAUCCAAAAAUAGAGUAUAUACAAUUAUCCACCAAAAA